AUGGAGCAAGAACAUUCCCCUUUUCCAUCUCUACUCGCCACCCUCAAGAGCAAUGCGACCACUUUCUAUGCCAAAGCUUGGGGGGUGCAAUGGCCUCGUCAGACAAGGACCUCUAUUGCCCCUUUGAAACAUCAGCCAAGCGAUAGCGACUCGCAUCAGAUAAACACUCACAAGGAACCUACCACAUAUACCGAGCCAGAUGAGGGGCCCCAUGCCAUUCAAACAGAGACGUACGAGUACGAAUAUGACUGCCUCACCGACAUAAAUUCGCUUGUACGGGCUUUCCGCCCCGUCUCGAACGUCGACGUCGAGGACUCGACCUCGGAUGUGCUCGUCGUGUUGGCCGACUACGACCUGCUCGUCGACUUCUUAAUGAAUGGGCAUGCUCAGGACAUAAGAGCCAUGGCAGUAACUGGACAGCCUGGAUGCG